AGCGAGAUCGAAACUCAGUCUCAUUUUGAGUUUUGUGGAGCUAGCAUCGUUACGUUUUCGUUUGUAUCAAAAGAUUUCUGAAAAAAAAAAAUGAAUAAGAUAUUAUUAAUUACUCUUGUUGCUGUUGCAUUUGUGGCCAUCGAGGCUGAAACUGGCGGAAAAUUACAACCACGCGGCGCCCCACGCCAAUUGGAAGGCGAAGGCCUUAAGGAAGCCGAGGAAACCCUAGAAUUAUCAUUGAAGAAAUUGGCAGCGGGUGAAGAUGCCAUAAAUUAUAAGCUCUCCAAGAUCCAUUCGGCCUCCAAACAAACGGUUUCAGGAACUUUGUACAAAAUUAAUGCUGACAUCAUUGAUGGCGAAGAAACCAAGAAUUGCGAUGUCAGUAUUUGGUCCCGAGCAUGGCUAGAAAAUGGCAUUGAAGUUGACUUUAAUUGUAAGGACGGAAAAAAAUUCAAACGUAAUCAUAGUGCUUAAUUUUAUAAAAGGAAUAAAUAUCCAAAAAAAAGAC